UUUAAAUCCUUUUUUUAUCUAAUAAACUUAUAAGACGUAUACUAGAAACACAGAAGAGGGCAUUUGUGUUCUUUUCCUGAAUUUGUUUUGAAGUAGUGUGUAACUUUUUCACUCGGAUCAUACAAAUUGCCAAAAGGAAAAACAGAAAUUGUAAUUUGCAGAUUCGCUGAUAAUAUUUAAUAUAUGAAAAAUGCUGAACUGAAAAAGUAACUCUAUCCACCAAGAAACUGUUGGAUUCAUUAUCGGUAAGACAACCCAGCGGUUGGAAAUUCCUCCAAAGCAGUUCUUGUUGCAUAUGGUGCCUUGCAAUACGAAUGGGCAUCGUCCAGCAUAUGGAAAUCAGAGAAGGCAACAUUUGUCGAGUUUUCGGUGGAGGAUUCUAAAAAAGUUUUGAGAAAAGAAGAGCGUAUAUUUUAAAUCCUAAAACUCCUUGGCCAGAAUUUUCUUUGGUGCAGGAUUUCCUUCGCACAUUCAUAAUCUCCUUGGAUAAGGAUUGGUCUACAGAAUUGAGUUUUCCACCUCUGACAGGCUUCCUCUUCUUGUUUCCAAGAAGAUCCAUGAUCCUCAAUGGCACUACCACCUUACAUUUUCCUCAGACACUUUGCUUUCCAUUCCUCGUGACUUUUGCCUGCCUACAAUUUCAUACGUUGUUUCGAGGUUGAAACAUUGUCAACCUUAGCUCCAAGGCUGCGGAAUAAUGGAGAAGGCACUUUCUAUUUGUAGACCUACCAUGAGACAUCCUGUUUUUCAUUGCUCCUUGACACCACUUAGUUCACAAUACAAGGGUUUGCUUUUAUCUACAUGGAGGAUGAGAGAGAGGCUGAGGAUGCUAUCCAUGCACUCGAUCGGAGAGAAUUUGGCCGAAAGGGCCGCAGACUACGUGUUGAGUGGACCAAACAAGAGCGUGGCAUUAGAAGACCUAGUGGAGGUGGAGGUGGAAGUGGAGGCGGUUCGAGGAGAUCCUCUACUAACACAAGACCUUCAAAAACUUUAUUUGUCAUUAACUUUGAUCCAUAUCAUACAAGGAUAAGAGAUUUGGAGAGGCACUUCGAUCCAUAUGGUAAGAUAUUGAAUGUCAGGAUUCGAAGGAAUUUUGCAUUUGUCCAGUAUGAACUGCAGGAGGAUGCCACUAGAGCAUUGGAGGUUACAAACAUGAGCAAAUUGAUGGAUCGAGUGAUUUCUGUGGAAUAUGCUGUUCGGGAUGAUGAUGAGAAAAGAAAUGGAUAUAGUCCAGAUAGGAAUCGUGAUAGGUCUCCUGAUAGAAAACGACGAUCCCCAAGUCCUUAUAGAAGGGAGCGAGGAAGCCCCGAUUAUGGCAAUGGUAUUAGCCGCAGUCCAUAUAGGAGGCAAAGGGCUAGUCCUGAUUAUGGAAGUCGCCGUAGUCCGAGUCCUUAUCAGAGAGAGAGGGAGAGAGGAUCUCCCGAUUAUAGCCGUGGUCGUAGUCCCAAGCAUAGUCCUUAUAGGAGGGAGAGAGAGAGAUCAAGUGACCAUAUUAGGGCUCCCAGCCACAGUCCUCCCCAUCAGAGGGAAAGACCAAAUGAUGACCGAAUCCCCAACCGAAGUCCUAGUCCUUACAGGAGAGAGAGGGAGAGGGGGAGUCCUAUUGGUGGACGUGGCAGAAGCUAUAGUCCUCGUGAUAGAGAAAGGUUGAACCCGGACAAUGGUCAUGAUCACCAGGAGAAUACAGUAGCUGAACCUGGUGAGUGCCCCAGUUAUAGUGGCACUCAGAGCCCAAAGCAUCGGGGUUAUAACAGCAGCCGUUCACCACAAGCAGAGGAAUGAUGAACUAGAAGGUGGGAAGUGAUGUUGAUGAUCUCAAUCUGCUUCAGAGUAUGUUUAGUUGUAUAACCAGCAUUAGUGGUAAACACAUGUACUUGCAAGGAUAAAGUUUUGUGAUUUCUUUACAUUUGUGCUUCUGCAGUUUGUAGCGAUUCUAUGGAUAUGGUGUUACCAGAUUUUAGUUAACAAUCAAAAUACAUAGCACUCUGAUCUUAGCUAAGAGUGAGUGACUGUUGCUUUUGGCAGUUUAAAAGCACUGUUUUGGGUUAUAUCAUUAUCAACAAUGCUUCUAAAA